UGUCAGUUGCAUCCUGGGAAUAGCAGUUCCUGUGACCCGGAUAUGUCGACAAAAGAUGACGAGACUAACGUCAUAGGUUCUGCUCUGCUCUGGUCUGGACCUCGGUGGAAGUUAACUAUUUAACAAUGAAAAGUUUGCCACGCUGUAACAACCUCUAGGUAUGUGCUACAGGCCUUCGGGUCAACUGUGAACACCAACUGGAGCUCUACCUUUUUUCACCGGUUUGCACACUCUUCUUGAGGCGGGUGAUCCAGCCUCCCUCCCUAUCCAAGAUCUAAGGUAGGUGGUGUCCUACUCCCUACCCUGUUUAUCCAUACAGGAUAGCAGCAUCGGCUCACUGCCUCCCAGCAGAGUGAGAUGGGACGCACAUCAAAGGAUAAACGGGAUGUCUACUAUCGCCUGGCCAAGGAGAAUGGCUGGCGGGCCCGGAGUGCCUUCAAGCUGCUUCAACUGGAUGAGGAAUUCAAUCUCUUCCAAGGCGUGAAGCGAGCAGUUGACCUGUGUGCAGCCCCAGGCAGCUGGAGCCAGGUGCUGAGCCAAAAGAUUGGGGGCCAGAGUUCUGGUCAGGUGGUGGCUGUGGACUUGCAGGCUAUGGCUCCACUUCCAGGUGUGAUCCAGAUACAGGGGGACAUCACAAAGCUUUCCACUGCCAAGGAGAUCAUCCAGCACUUUGAGGGCUGCCCUGCUGACCUAGUAGUGUGUGACGGGGCUCCUGAUGUCACUGGCCUCCAUGAUGUCGACGACUAUAUGCAGGCUCAGCUUCUGCUAGCGGCUCUCAACAUUGCUACACAUGUCUUGAAGCUAGGGGGCUGCUUUGUAGCCAAGAUAUUCCGGGGCCGAGAUGUAACACUGCUCUAUAGCCAGCUGCGCAUCUUCUUCUCCAGCGUGCUCUGUGCCAAGCCGAAGAGCAGCCGGAACUCCAGCAUCGAGGCCUUUGCUGUUUGUCAGGGUUAUGACCCUCCUGAGGGCUUCAUUCCAGACCUGACCAGACCCCUGCUGGACCACUCGUACGAUUUCAACGAGCUGCAUGGUCCUGCCCGUUUUAUUGUACCCUUUGUGGCCUGUGGGGACCUCAGCGCCUACGAUUCGGAUUGCAGUUACCCUCUGGAUCUAGAAGAUGGCUCUGAGUACAAAUAUACUCCGCCCACACAACCCCCCAUCGCACCCCCAUACCAGGAGGCCUGCAAGUUGAAGAAGAAUGGGCAGCUGGCCAAGGAAUCGCUUCCCAAAGAAUGUUCCAUUAACAAAGUAGACAACUUGCCCCAGCCUCUGACUGUCCCUCAGGGUCAUACCCUGCUGUCCCCCAAGGUGGAAGACAAUGAAAUGAAUAGUUCACCUUAACAAUUUUAGAGUUCGCAGUAAAAAUGGAACUAAUCCAAGUCAGAAGCUGCUGCCUGCCAGGAAAACCAGAAGCUGGCUUGAUGAGUUUGUUUGCAGAUACCAUCUAUGGGCCCUGAACAGAUAAGCCUCGAGUGGACUCUGCAGCAACUCCAUAACAACAAAGAAACAGCGAAGAAGUCUGCUGAGCUGCAGGCGGAAUUUCUUGAGACUGUGAGCACAUGCCUUUUCUCUCAGCCUCUCCU